AUGUCAGAAUAUGUGGAAGGCUACGCGAUUCGUCGCAACGAGUCAUGCGCCGCCAAUGAACAGAAAUGCACAAACAAUGGCCCGACAUGGGGCGAUUACCAGGCCUGUUGUCCUGGGAAUUCAUUCUGCUAUGAUUCCGACACCGGCAUUCCCAAUAUCAUGUGUUGCGCGCAGGGAAACGACUAUAAUUGCACGGCGAGCGUUGCGAAAUCUCCCUCGUGCGCAAACAAGAAAUGGAAUCUGUUUGACUGGAGGGGAUAUUUUUGCUGCGAGGAAGAUGAUUCGGGAUUCUAUGUUCAAGAUCGGGUUUUGGUCGGUUGCUCUGAGUCAAAAAAUCCGGGGAAUUCGAGCUUCAAGAUUUUGGAUGUCCUGUCUGCCGGUUCGACUGCGACUGCGACUUUAUCAACAUCAUCGUCACCCACAUCCUCUUCAACACCCACCUCGACAACCUCCGAAGCUGCAUCGAGUAGCUCAGCAAAGUCCUCCACAAACACAGGUGCCAUUGCCGGUGGUGUGGUAGGAGGUGUCGUCGGUGUUGCUGCCCUCGCUGCAAUCCUCUUCUUCUUUAUGCGCCGUCGGAAACAACACUCCUACGAGGCGACGCCGCAAUCGAAGCAUGAGAGACACAGCGAGUUGCCAUCACCACCGGUAUACUCGGAAGCUGGAAGUGGUGAACCGCGCAAGGAAUUGGGAGGACAAGCGGUGUCAGAGAUGGGUGAUACCCGUGUUCGCGAGGCCCAAGAGCUGCCGGCCACUCAUUGA